AUGAAUGUUUCGCCAAAGUUAAAGUCCAGAAAUAAUAAUAAUAACAAUAACGAUGAUGAUUAUUCUUCCUGUGCUACGAGAUCAUUGUCAUCAUCGCUACCACUUCCGGCCAAUACUUAUUUGACCUUGACAUUGAAAAAAAGGGAUCUGGACAAGGCCAUUAAAGAUAAGCAGAAUAGAAUAUUCCCUACCGAUUUUUCAAUAACAUUAUAUUUUACGAAAUCCGAUCCAUCCACAUCACCGUUACUACCUGCGCCGCCAUUAAAGGAAGAAGAGGAAGAGGAAGAUGACGAAAGUGAUGAGUCCGACGAUGACGCAGCUGAAUUCCCUCUUUAG